CCGUAGUGUGUUAGUGUUAUUAUGUGUUUACUCUUCUCGUCCGAACGCGAGUGAUUAUUUUUUUUUCGAUUUUUUACCUCUUUUUGGCCGGUAUAUGUAUGUGCAGGUAUAAUGGGUAGAUACAGUAGCAGUGAAGAAGAAAGCUCAAGCCCAGACAGGCGAGAGAGGAGCAGCCACAAAUCUGACAAGAAGCAAAGAGGUUCACAUCAAGGACGAUACCGGAGCAGAUCGCGCUCACACACAAGAAAUCAUCGGUCGAGGUCACAGGAUAGGCACUCUAAGCCCAAAGCCUAUGCAAGGAAGAGUCGGUCCAGGUCACGUGAUCGAUGGCAGAAAUCAAGAUCAAGGUCACCUGCCAAAAAUGAAACAUCAAAAGCUUAUUACAAGAAUUUCAGGGCAGGAUCACGGGACAAGAAUCAGAGAUCAAGAUCAAGAGACAGGAAACAGAGAUCAAGGUCACGUGACAGGGGCCGUAGGUCUAGCUCAAGAGAUCGAGGAAGAAAAUCCAAGUCAAGAGAUAAGGAUAUAAGGUCAAGGGAGAUGGAUAGAAGUAAGAAAAUGGAACAAAGAUUAAGAAGAAUUGCAGAAAAAAGGGCCAAUUCUAGUUCUCGUUCUAGGUCAAGGUCUAGGUCAGGUUCAAUGUCUGAGACUAAACAGAGAAUCAGAGACAUUUAUAACAGAAAAGAAAGUUCAGCCGACAGAGAACUUCGGGACAGAGAAAGGGCAAGGACACCAGAAAAACAUCAGUCAAAGUCCAGUCAAAACCACUCAGAUGAGAGACAGAGGUCAAGAUCACACGAAAGGGAGAUACCCCGAAAAAAGCAGUCAUCUCCCCUAGAUUCACGGAGGAAUCGAGAUAACUCCCCACCAACACCUGAUGGAAGAUGGGGUCAUAACAAAUUCUUUGAGCAACAGAGAGCUCUUGAAGCACCAUUCCAGAGGGAUAGAGAGAGGGGCGGAGGCAGUUCCAGAGAUAUGGGUGGCAUGAGGGACAGUAGCAGAAAUGGCGGAUAUAGGGAUAGAGGUGGUGGAGGAUUUAGCCGUCAUAAUGGGUUAGGUGACCAGACUGAUGACUAUUUUGGACGUCGCAGAGUAGAAAGAGAGCAGAUAUCAAUAGAAGGUAUUUCUGAAGUUUGGGCAGCAUCUCCAGUCAACCCUCCAGAUGAUUCAGAUGAACUGAACACAGAUGAAGAAAAGAAGACAAAGGACAAGAACAGUAGUGACUCAGAAGAUGAAAGGAAGAGGAAGAAGAAGAAGAAGAAGGAAAAGAAGAAGAAGCGGAAGAAGGAGAAAAAGAAGAGGAAGAAGGAGAAGAAGAAGGCUGCCAAAAAGAAGGUCUCCUCCAGUUCGUCUUCCAGUUCUGACUCGGAAUCAGAGUCUGAGUUGACAUGGAUUGAGAAGAAGAAGGACAGCAAAGGGGAAAUGACGGAAGAAGUUGUCGUGGGUCCAGUGCCAAAGCCUCAAGUAACGUUGUCCAAGAAGGACUAUGGCAAGGCCCUCUUACCAGGUGAAGGUGCAGCCAUGGCAGCAUAUGUGGCAGAAGGCAAGCGUAUACCCCGUCGUGGUGAAAUUGGCUUGACCUCAGACGAGAUAAAGGAGUUCGAGGAAGUGGGCUACGUCAUGAGUGGAAGCAGGCACCGUCGCAUGGAGGCUGUGCGUCUGCGAAAGGAGAACCAGAUCUACUCAGCGGACGAGAAGCGGGCCCUGGCCAUGUUCAGCAAGGAGGAGCGCCAGAAGAGAGAGAACAAGAUCCUGACCCAGUUCAGAGACAUAGUACACAACAGGCUCAAUAAGAAGUAAAAGCCUCUUUACUCGGAGGCAUUAGUUUCAGCUUGUGUGGGAAGGGAGAGGGAAGGACUGCUGAGCUGUUCUCAGUUUUUCUGUACAAUUCUAUUUGGAAUUUUUUAUAGAGAAGAGAUUUAGGAUUAUUUUUUUGUAUAAAACUUGGAAUUUAUGAGUUUGGCCUUUCUUAAUGCCUAGAAUUUACUCUAAAUUUAUAAUGAAUGAAAUUGAACAUUUCAUAAAUGACUACCACUUUCAUUUUACUCUAAAAAUCUAGUUAUAUUAUAUAGAGUAUAAACAGUAAAGCAAGUUAAUGAGAAGGGUUCACUUUGAUGUGUGUAUAUAUUUAGGUUAAAGAGAAUUCAUUUGUGUGUAGGAUUGGAUAUUGGCCUGCUGAUUAUAUUUUGCAUGAAUACUUGUAUGCAUUCUCAUUUAACAAGUAUCAUUUUAUUUAUUAAUUUCCAUACUUAUAUUCCAGAAACUGUCACUUGUUGAUAUAUCUUAUAGAUGUCUCUUUCUUUUUUAAAUAUUCUUUUAUAAGAAAAUAAAGAAUGCUGAGACACCUGAUUUCAGCAAAAUGAAUCCAUUAAUACUCUGUUUUUAUCUUUUGAUCCUUUAUCUGUAAAAAUAGAAGUUUAGUUUAUCCAAUAUUUUACUUGGCCAAGGAAUUACAUUUCUUGAGAUAUGGGUUUGUCCUUUCAACAGACAGAUAUGUACAAAAGUUUCAGAAUGUAUGAGAAAGACAGAGUGAAAAGCUCCAACAGAUACUGACCAUCCAUUUGAUUGUAUUUAACUUAGAAUUUUGAUUAAAUUAUUUGUGUAGUAAUACUUAUCAAAGUAAUUUUAGAGUAUACAGAUGACAUGUCUUUCUUAUGUGCAGUGGAAUAAAGUAAAGUUAUUUGAAACAUGAAGGUUUGUGAGUUACUUGAUAAUCCUUUUAGGCUAAAUUUAUGCCAGUUUACAAUAAAAUGUCCUUUGUAAAUACUAUAUGGGAAAUAUUCUCAAUCUUGCUGUCCAAAGGAUCUCAUAUUUUUGCCCACUGACUGAUUUUUUUUUCUGUAAAUAUAUAUAUGCAUACUUAACUUUUCAUAUAAAUUAUUACUCAAAAUCUUAUUUUACAUCUCUGAAUGUUGCUUUCUUUCACUCUCUUCGUUGCAUGACUUAUUCUUGAUUGUAGUUUUGGGAUGUGAGAACUUGGCAUUCACAUACAGCUCUCUGUGCGUGUCUCUCUAUCUCUCUGUCUCUCUUCCUCUCCCUUUAUCCCUUCUCUGUCUCUGCCAGUCUUCCUCAUCAUUUCCUUCC